AUGAUCUCCGGAAAACUGGACGCAGUACUGAACAAAUUCGAGAUUCGUGGCAUGGUCCUGCUAAGUCUCUUCUUACAAAUAGUACUCAUUGCUCUUGGCAACCGCAGAAAAUACAGCACAAGAAACUGGAUCAGAGUUGUCCUCUGGCUCGCGUACUUAUCUGCUGACUGGGUUGCAACUGUUGCCCUUGGUGUCCUCUCCAAUGGAGAUAGUGCUACAAAUUUAAAAGAUGAUUCUAUGGAUGAACACUACGUGAUCAUAGCUUUUUGGGCGCCAUUUCUACUGGUACACCUUGGGGGUCCGGAUACUAUAACUGCAUACUCAUUAGAAGAUAAUGAAUUGUGGCUUAGGCAUCUACUUGGACUUUUUGUCCAAGUAUUUGUGGCGUUUUACGUUUUUAUAAGAGCCCUAAAGCCUAAUCCACUUAAUUUUGUUGCCUUGCCAAUAUUUGUAGCCGGGAUAAUCAAGUAUGGGGAGAGGACUUGGAUUCUAAGAUCUGCAAGUAGUAAGCAUUUUCGAGAGUCGUUGCUUCCAAAUCCUGAUCCUGGUCCAAACUACUCAAAAUUUAUAGAAGAAUAUGUAUUGAAAGAAAAGGAAGGGUUUGAGUUAUCUUGGAGUGUGAGUGAAGCUCCUAAACCGGUGGCUCAUAAGUAUGCCACUGGAAAGAAUGAUAUCAUUCCAAAUGCAAGCAUCUUGAAUGCUGCGUAUGAGUUUUUUCUAACAUUCAAGAGGCUCUUUGCAGAUUUGAUUCUUAGUUUUCAGGACCUUGAAAAAAGUUUGUCAUUCUUUCAAGAGAGUUCUUGGGACAAUGCUUUUAAAGUAAUUGAGGUGGAGCUAGGAUUCAUGUAUGAUGUUCUCUACACCAAGGCAUCUAUAAUUCAUUCCAUAUGGGGAGUAGCUCUGCGAGCCACUAGCUUUUUGUCAACCGCUUUUGGGCUGAUAGUUUUUUGCCUUAUUGACUGGAAAUCAUAUAAAGCAGUUGAUUUGUGUAUUUCACUAGUGUUGCUCGUAGGAGCUAUUGGCCUUGAGGUAUACGCUGUUCUUCUGCUGCUUUCGUCGGAUUGGACACUACUUUUGUUGAGUAAGCUCAAAAACCCUUUAAUCGACUUUAUCUAUAAGUUCAUCACUUGUUUCAAUUGGAUUACUAGCAAGAAGAAAUGGUCCAACUCAAUGGCACAAUACAACCUGCUGAGUUCUAGCUUAAAUAACAAGGCUACUAUAUGGAAUUUCAUCAAAAACCAUGUCUUCCAGAUUUUAGAUGAUUAUCAGGAUGUUAAUUCAGUGGACAUCCCUACUGAAAUCAACAUUUCUAUAUUCAGUCAACUUGUGGAGAAAUCUAAAGGGGCUUCUGAUUUCCGCAUGUGCAAAAAAUUAUGUGGCGCCAGGGGUGAAUAUGUACUCGCGAAGUAUAAAUGUGCUGAGAAGUUUACAUGGAGUGUUGAGUUUGAGUUUGAUCACAGCAUUCUUUUGUGGCAUCUUGCCACAGACUUGUGUUAUUUCACUGACAAGACAGAGAAUCCUGAUUCUGUUCUUGAUUCAAACUGUAGAAUAAGCAAAUUAUUAUCAGAUUAUAUGUUGUAUCUGUUGGUUAAGCGCCCGUUCAUGUUGCCUAAUGGAAUUGGCCAGAUAAGAUUUCAAGACACUUGUGCUGAAGCAACUGAAUUUUUCCAAGAACUGAAAAUCACGCCAGACGAGGACGAGGCAUGCACAAAAUUACUUCAAGUUGAAAUUAUAAUUCCACCUCAUGAAGUCAAAGGAGACAGAAGCAAGUCUGUGUUAUUUGAUGCUUGCAAGCUUGCCAAACUAUUGCAGUCACUGGAAUGUGGAGAGCUCUGGGAGAAGCAGCAGAAAUGGGAGAUGAUGAGUCAUAUGUGGAUCGAGAUGCUAUCAUAUGCUGCAUGUCAUUUGAUAUGUGUUGCACGAAUUAGUGAAAACUUGCGGAAACUGCUCAGAAUUUCUGAAUCUGUUCUAGUUGCCGAUUCAGGUGGUGGUUGCGGUGGUGGAGAUAAUGGAGGUGAAGGUGGAGAUGGAGGUGAGGAAGACCGAGGUGUAGGUGAGGACGAAGGUGCAGGUGGAGGUGGGGAUGGAAUGGAAGGGGCGGUGGAGGCCGGAGGGGGGUUGGAUUUGGUGGUGAUAUAA